CAUCCCUUCGUUGGCCAUCCUCGCCGUCCCUUGGCCGAUUGGGUUCCUCACUCAUUGUUGUAUUCUCUCAGUUUAGCACCGCGCUGAAUCACAUGAAGAUAAUGAAGCCCUCCACAUUGUCUGAUCCCGCGAAGCCUUCAGAAUGCUGUGCUCACAAUCAACUGUCUGUUUGCCCGUGUGCCUUGUGCUGCAAGACGCCGAUAAUCUCAAGGGACCUGUUGCAAGGGAUAGGCAACGAUGUGAAGCCUGGAACGUGUAGUGCGCUGGAGGAGGGGAGGAACGGAGCGAUCUGAGAAGAGGAACGAUGUACGUGUAAGUCGAUGUUUGUGCUUCGGCAGCUCUACCGCUCGCCAAGAACAAGAUCCACGCGGACGAUGCAUGCGCCGUUGAAGGUCUGGGUCCUCGCCAUCG